CUAGAUGCCGAGCGUUGUGCUGCACUUCACAACACACUCCUCUUGUAUGCUUGGGUUUGCUCUGGAAAGAAGAUCAAUCAGCUUGAGAAGAGGUCGUGGUGGGGCAAGCACGGCAAUGACAACUUGACCAAGAUACUACGCCCAAAGAUCGUUCGUUUCCUGUCAAAGGUAUUCGAUGUCCCUGGAAAUCAUAACUUCUUCUACCAUGUCUCGGCCAUUGCGAGCGAGAAGGAGCUGCUCAAUCUUGGAGAGGUUCUGGAGGAUAACGACCACUUGACCCCGGCCGGAAAAGAGAAAUAUCGAUUCAUCGUAUUAUACAGGACUUCUUCCGCUUUGGUGUCACAGCCAGCAGGAAUUGUGUUCGACCAGCAGACUGGCAACGCACUCUUGAUGCCUACAUACCACCAUCUGUUUGACUUCAAUAGUCCCCAUCUCCCAUGGCAAAAAUUGGAAACCAUUCUCAGUGCCUACGUUGACAUGAUUGAAGUUGAAAAGGCAGUCAACAAGACAUUUACGAGAUAUCGCACACGACCUUGGCUUCUGCAGCCCUACACGCUGAGCGAUUUGAAUGCAUGCCUGGACGCUUGGGGACGCUUGGUAGAGGCCGUCGAGGAGAAAGCAGGCAUUCCGCCUAGACAAAACGACCCAGAUGCUCCUGAUUACGAUCCAGAAGACGACGCACCCCUCGCAUCACGAACGGCUUUGAACAUUGCGGGAGUACCAAAGGGCUUCGCCUACGAGCUUCUAUCUCACGCCCAGCAAUCAUCAGUCACCUUCAUCGCCCCCGGAAUCCGGCUCCCAAAAGUCGAAGAAUUCCUUCAACAACCAUUCAAGCACAUUCCAAAAUUGUUUCCGCAAGAGACGAAAGCAAUGAAGAUACCUUUCCUCUUCCUGCGUUGUCCGGGAACCGUAAGCGCCAGAGACGCAAAAUUCCGCUACCCCUUCUCCACGGUAGAAUCUGUGCCGUGUGGUCUUUACCUCGACGCAUUCCCCAAUGCUCAAAAUCCUUUCGAGGACGCAUGUCGCCUGGUGUUGCCCAUUCGUCUUGGUGAUAGGCGGUAUGCCAGGACUUCUGAUCACAGACCUAUCAUCAAAAGCCAUUCGGAGCUGUACGAGACCGGCAUCAAUCCUUUUGUCAUCAGACACGGACCAAAGCUGGUUGCCGUACUAGAGAACUGGUUAGGACAUGUCGAGAGUGAGCAUUGGAGGGUUAAUUCUAAAGGCGUUGAGGGCGGUAUUGGUGUUUGGAGACAAGCUGAUUCUAGAGAGCAUUGGUGGCGGUAU